UACACGUAGCAGCCGAUUUCUCAUCUGCAAUUGGGGGUUAAUUUUGAAAAAGCCAUCAGCUAUUGGAUGACAGAAUUAUAAACUUUCGACUGUUUUUAAGAGACCAGCUAGUAUGAUAAACAAAUCAUUUCGCCUAAAUUCCAGUUUGUAGUCCAACAUUUGGACAAUUUUGCGUAUAAAGUAAACGAACAAGUUAUUUCAAUGUAGUUUGUGUGAAAAAAAAUGAGAACGAUAUCACUUUUUUAUUUAUCUCUACAACUUCCGCAUAAAUUCAAUCUACACAUUAGAAGCAGAAGUUUAUUUCAGCACGCGCUAUAGCCAAGGCCAUUUUUGUAUAAAAUAUUCCAAGAAAUCAAUGAACUCUAUUGUGCCAUUGAGACGAUCGUUGAUUGUGAAUAGGCCAACCGAUGAUGAAUGGGGCGCGGAAGAGAGAGAAAGGCCUGGCGGGCCUCAAACACGACUCCACUGCAUCACUGCACUGCAUCAUCAGUUCCAAGCCAGCUGAGGAGCACACAAAAGGAGCCGCCCUGAUGUGCCACUUGGAACGCUUCCCCGACGUGGAGGCGGAUGAGGUGACGGUGGAUGAGGUGCUUCACAACAGCCGCUGCUUCCCCAUCCAGUUCCCCGUGCACACCAACAGACUUGAGAGUCUUUUGAAGAUUAACCCGUUCAAGAACGAGCUGCGGAAGCAAGGCAAGGUCUUCUCACGCGAAGUGCUAGGUCGCUACAUCAACUCCUCGUAUCCCGUCAUCCACGAGACACUCCUUCCACUCUUGCCUGUUUUCCUAGAGCAUAAAGUUGACUGGGGAGGAGAAGUCGAGAGGGAGUUAUACGAAAGACUGACAGUUUACGAGCUCGUCGAGAAGCUCAUCAAGCAGCGUCCUGUGGUCUUCAUCAACCCGUGGGACCAUUACCUGCUACUCGACGGCGCCCCAGGCUUCGGCGACUUUGAAUUAGUGGGCAAGGAUUCGAACCCCAAGAAGCAUCUGAGUUUAGAACAAUUUAACAGCUACGAUGAGAUGCGUCUAGCUGCGUUUAUAAGCUUCAGCUCCAUGUCACCCUUCAUCAACGAUGGCGGCCGCAACAACUGCGGUGAGAUUGGUAAUGGCGCAACCCACGAACUGGAAGGCACCAUCAUUGGCCAGGUGGGCGCUCGAUUCGAGAAGGAGGGUUUCAUGGACUGGCAGGAUUGUGUAGUCAAACAACAACAAAAUACUCCUGAGAAUGGGUACGGAAAAGAUAACAAAUCUCCUCGGUCUGGCCUCCUGCAAGCCUGGGCCAAGCUUUGGGGGCGUGAUUAUUUACCAACCUUCGAUGAGGUUAAGAAUUCACCCGAGAACUACGAAUACAUUCAACUGAAAGAUGCGUAUCUCGACAAGCAGGUCUACAAGGCUCGAAUGCAGAUGCUUGCAGAAAUCAUGUUGAUCGAUGCCAGCAACCGAGCCAAGGAAGCCAACAAACUUGCGUACAUUCACGUCUCUGGAAUCGGUCUCAACGAAUGGAUGAUAUCGGCCACACAGAACAAACUCUACGUGGAUGCCUGGUCGCAAGCGAUCCAAGCCAUGCCGCUCAACGUCACUGACAAAAUUAAUUGCAUCAACUUCAGCGACAUUCCAGUCUCCAGAAUACACGGCACCAAGUCAGGAGAAAAGUUUCCUAACACAGAAAUCGUUGUGAAGUUCUCGAAACGUCAACUGCUCGAGCGAGUUCCCAAGGACUGCAUACUCGUCUGCAAUUAUCCAGCUGACUCAAAUUCAAUGCCAGGCAACGAGUUCUGGCUGGGCUCGCUCUCGACAGCAGGUGGACCGGCAGCGGCAUGCUCGACCAGCAUCGCGGAGCUGCACAAUCCGCUCAUCAAUCCGCGGAUGGCGGCGCGGCAUCUGCGGAUAGCGUCGCGGACACACGGCAUCGUCUCCGUCCGGCGGUACAUAGAGUCUUUGAAGCAAAACACGGCAGGGACGAGCCAAAAGCCGUGAAAUAUCGAGAAUCAUAGGCAUCAUCUUCAAUAUGAACAUCAAAGCGAAAAUUCAAGUACUGCAGUGGCUUAAAAUAAUACUAAUUAAAUAUGAGAUACCCAAGAAACAGACGAUACUGCCACUAACGCUUCGAUCACCGUGUGCUUUUUUUUCAAAAUAUUAAUGAAAUUUUCAGUAAUGCCAAAAUACAGGCUAAUACAUCUAACUCAAACACGAGCUUUCUAACUCA